AGAUGUCUCUACUGUGCAAUCUUCUUUCUGUCUUCGUUCUAUUUUCGAGAUAACCUUCAAGUGAUUUAGGAGUUAAAUGAAUUGAUAACAAUUCAAGAAGCAAGUGUAACUAAGUGUACUAUAAAUUUGUAUUAAAAUUAAUACAACAACUGUGUUAUUAUUGUAUUCCUUAAGAUGAAUUCUUUGAAUAGGGUUUUAGUUUUAAGCUCACCUAAAAGUGCCAGGCUAAUUUCAAAAACGAACUCGCGAUCUAUCUCUGACGAUGGUUGGCUUUCAAAGUUGUUGGUGCGAAAGAUUGAGCCGACUAAGGAAUCCCAUAGCCGUAUGCUUAGCGACAAGGAGAUUGUAUACGCGUUACAUACUCACAACAUUAGACCCGAUUCCGUUGAUAAAUAUUUACAGAACUAUAAAACAUCAUCAGAAUUUGUGGAGUCUCGCAAGUCAGAACUAGGAUGUGAAUUGGUUGGAUCAUGGACAGUAUCAGUAGGAGAUAUGGACCAGGCGUUGCAUUUGUGGCGUUAUGUUGGCGGCUUUGAGAAGAUUGAUAAAGCAAAGAUUCUCUUCAGAGAAAAUCCUGAUUACAGAGCGCUUGAGAAGGAGAGAGGCAAUUUCGUGAGAUCACGCCACCUUCAAUAUUUGCUAGCAUUUAGCUUCUGGCCGUCAGGCGAGCCGCGUCCGGGCAAGAACAUCUACGAGAUAAGAUCUUAUAGUUUAAAGCCUGGCACAAUGAUCGAGUGGGGUAACAACUGGGCUCGCGGGCUGACUUACAGACGUGCCCAGAACGAAGCCUUCGCGGGAUACUUCUCCCAAAUCGGCAGACUGUACAAUGUCCAUCACAUUUGGUGCUACAAGGACCUGCAGGCGCGGCGCGAGACGCGCGAGAGCACGUGGCGCAACCCGGGCUGGGACGAGUGCGUGGCCUACACCGUGCCGCUCAUCCGCGAGAUGCACUGCCGCAUCCUCGAGCCCACCGAGUUCUCGCCCACGCAGUAAACUCUACCGUGUCUAACUAUCACCUCCUGUUGACUGAAGCGGAGCGAGGCAGACAUGUGUUUAGUCUUCCCAGUAGUUCAACUCUUUUUACCCGACUGCGGCAAAGACAAAAGGAAAGGUUAUGAUUUUAGCAGUCUAUGUAUGAUGUUUGUAUCCAGAUUCUGUGUGUUCCACCGUA